AUGCAAACUAUUAAAUGUGUGGUCGUAGGAGAUGGUGCAGUCGGAAAAACAUGUUUAUUGAUUAGUUAUACAACGAAUAAAUUUCCAAGUGAAUAUGUUCCAACCGUAUUUGAUAACUAUGCUGUUACAGUCAUGAUUGGUGGCGAACCAUAUACAUUAGGCUUAUUUGAUACUGCUGGUCAGGAAGAUUAUGAUCGUCUCCGUCCAUUGAGUUAUCCUCAAACGGAUGUCUUCUUGGUGUGCUUUAGUGUUGUGUCACCGUCAUCAUUUGAAAACGUUCGCGAAAAAUGGGUGCCAGAAAUCUCUCAUCAUUGUGCUAAAACUCCAUUUUUACUUGUUGGUACUCAAAUUGAUCUUCGGGAAGAUCCUAAUACUAUGGAAAAACUGCAAAAGUCUCGCCAAAAGCCGACGUCAUCUGAACAAGGGGAUAAACUUGCGCGAGAACUCAGAGCUGUCAAAUAUGUCGAAUGCAGUGCAUUGACACAAAAAGGUUUGAAAAACGUCUUCGAUGAAGCUAUUCUGGCCGCACUCGAACCACCGAAAAAAUCGAAGAAAACAACAUGUGCACUGCUAUAA